AUGCUACUGAAGAAGAAAGAAGAGUGUAUGAAGAAAAUUCGAGAACUAGGAUCACUUCCCCAAGAAGCAUUUGAAAAAUACCAGACACUGAGCCUUAAACAAUUGUUUCAAAAACUUGAACAGUGCAACACAGAAUUGAAGAAAUACAGCCAUGUCAACAAAAAAGCUUUAGAUCAGUUUGUAAAUUUCUCUGAGCAAAAAGAAAAGUUAAUAAAGAGACAAGAAGAGUUGGGUAGAGGGUACAAAUCAAUCAUGGAACUGAUGAACGUCCUUGAACUUAGCAAAUACGAAGCUAUUCAGUUAACUUUCAAACAGGUAUCCAAGAACUUCAGCGAAGUAUUCCAGAAGUUGGUACCUGGUGGCAAAGCAACUUUGGUGAUGAAGAAAGGAGAUGUGGAGGGCAGUCAGUCUCAGGAUGAAGGAGAAGGGAGUGGUGAAAGUGAACGGGGUUCUGGGUCACAGAGCAGUGUCCCAUCAGUUGACCAGUUCACUGGAGUUGGAAUUAGGGUGUCAUUUACUGGAAAACAAGGUGAAAUGAGAGAAAUGCAACAGCUUUCAGGUGGACAGAAAUCCUUGGUAGCUCUUGCUCUGAUUUUUGCCAUUCAGAAAUGUGACCCAGCUCCUUUUUACUUGUUUGAUGAGAUUGACCAGGCUCUGGAUGCUCAGCACAGAAAGGCUGUGUCAGAUAUGAUUAUGGAACUGGCUGUACAUGCUCAAUUUAUUACAACUACUUUUAGGCCUGAGCUGCUUGAGUCAGCUGACAAAUUCUAUGGUGUAAAGUUCAGAAACAAGGUUAGUCAUAUUGAUGUGAUCACAGCAGAGAUGGUUAAAGACUUUGUAGAAGAUGAUACUACUCACGGCUAA